AUGCAACCAACACAAACAGAGCAAUUUGCAUUAAUAAGAUCAUUGUUUCUUGAUGCCAAUAACAAACAAUGUGCCGAAUGCAAUUCUUUGAAUGUCCCAUAUGUUUGUGUAAAGUUGGGUAUAUUUAUAUGUCCUACCUGUGCUCAUUUUCUGUAUGUAUCAAUAGGGUUACCCGAUUCAUUAAUACCAUUGAAUCAUAGUAAUAAUAAUAAUAAUAAUAAUCCUAAUCCUACUACUACAACUACUACAAUGAUUGGAGGAGAUUGUAAUAAUAAUGGUGUUUACAAUCAUCAUCAAAAUAAUGCGAACCAAGAUAAUAACAACAAUCAUUAUCAUUCUAUUAAAUAUAGGAGUACAUUGGAAUUUAAAGUUAGACCGAUUAUGGGUAGUUCUUUUACAGAUGAUGAAAUCAAAAGAUUACAAACUAUUGUCGUAGAGACUGACCACAUGCAACAACAACUGUCCCAGCAGCUGGCCGCCCAGCAGCAGCAGCAGCAACAGCUUGCCGCAGCUCAACAACAGCAGCAGCAGAUGCAGCAACUCCAACAACAACAGCAAUUGGCCGCACAGCAACAACAACAACAACAGCAAUUGCAACAACAGGCCAUCCUCAACAACUUGCAACAACAAUUCCAAAACAUUAAUAUCGAUACUAAUAACAAGAUUCAACAACAGCAACAGAAUCAAGACUAUCUUGAUAUGUUGGUCAAGCAGCAACAGCAACAGCAACAACAACAACAUAUAUCAAACUCCAAUACACCUUUGAACCUUUCUCCACAACACCACAACCAUAUGGGCAGCAAUAAUAUUAAUACAGACUAUCACGUGCAUAUGAUUGACAUGCCAACAACAUCGUCGUCGACGACUACGACCCAGUCGACACAAUCAACCAACACGAGCACUGCAACAUAUGGGAGCACCAAGCAAGACCCUCUCAUUUCAUUGUUGGAUGAUGGACAUUUGGCGAGCAGCAGCAACAGUAAUAUCAACAACAGCACCAAUGCUAGCAGAUUUGACGAUAGACCAAUGAACUUGUUGUCACCGGCCAUCUCUCCAUCUCCAUCACCAACCUUGUCUACCAACAGCUCGUCCAAUAUCAUCAUGCCACCAGCUGCUGUCAUUUACGGUUUGAAUGGAAGUAACAAGAUUGUUUCACCAUCUCCAUCUCCUUCACCCAAUCCCUUUAAUCCAUCCAAUAUAGUAUCACCAGGCGGAGGAGGAGCAAUCAACGGAAAUGUAAUGAAUCAUCAACAACAUGUCCAAAUGAAUCAACAGCAACAACAACAAAUUGUUCAUCCACAACCACAAUAUCCACAACAACAAUCAAUUCCAGGCCAAACACAAGCGCCUAUCCAACAACAACCCCAGUAUAUACCACAACAACCAAUUUUACAGCAGCCUCCCUUGUCAUCGUCUGCACCCAACAAUCCUACUAUCAAUUCACCACUCCCAUUACAACCCCAGGCUCAUUCUCAAUAUGUAUCACCUCCACAACAACUGUUACAACAACAACUUUUACAACAACAACAACAAUAUAUACAACAGCAACAACAACAACAACAACUUUUACAGCAACAGCAACAACAACAACAACAACAACAACAACAACAAAAUUUACAAAAUAGUUCAGAUGAAGAACAAUCUGUGCUUGAUGUAUUGAAUUUAAAGAAAUUGUAUGAUUUGGGAAUGAUGGAAAAGGAAGAGUUCGAACAUAGAAGAAGACAAAUUAUAGAUAAUAUGACCAAAACCACCUCACCCAUUAUUGCACAACAACAACCUGUACAAACACCACCUCCCUUGCAACCAACAGUCCAUGCUCCUUUACAACAACAACAACAACAACAACAACAAAUAAUCCAACCACAACAACAACAACAAAUAGUCCAACCACAACAACAACAACAACAAGCACAGGUUCAACAAAUCCCACCCGAUCAACGUUUUGCUGGCACUGAACGAGUGAUUCGUCAUCGUUUUGACGCCAAGCUCGGAAAGUGGAUACAGACGGCCACGAUUGUCAUUACAGAACCCACUCCAUUUGCUGAAGGUGCCAUGAGAAAGGCCUUUAGAAUGAAGGAUCUCUCUGCCGAGGGACCCACCUCGCAGAUGGUUGCCAAGCUGUUCAAGGACCCCAACGAAGACCGUAUGGUCUAUUUCAAGGACGUCGAGAUGCAGACCUAUGCAAGAGAGAUCUCGGAGCGUUUCAAUGCCAAGAACCCACCCAAAAAGAUUGACUUUGUUCCUGCCUUUGUUAUGGAGUUGGUCGAGCGACAGGGCAGACCCUACUGCGCCGUCGAGUUCUUUAUCGAGGGCAAGUACGAAAAGCACAACAACAACUAUGGAUACAAAAACGAUUUUGACCGAAACACGCCACAAGCAUUCUCGCACUUUAGCUACGAAGAUUCUGGCUGCCAGCUGAUCGUCGUCGACAUCCAAGGUGUCGGUGAUGUCUAUACCGACCCACAGAUCCACUCGGCCGACGGUCAGGGCUUUGGUAAAGGCAACUUGGGCAUUGAGGGAAUCAAGCGAUUCUUUUCCACUCAUCAGUGCAAUCCAAUCUGCCAUUUCCUCGGACUCAGCUCUGUCAAUCCAAAGCCACAAUCAGACGACAGCGGAACCGUUCCAAAACCAAUUUCACAAUCAUACGUUUAUCCACCUUCAUUUGUUUAUCCUCCAAACCUUUCACAAUCUUUUACAGCCAAUUUCCCACCUUUGGUGCAGAACCAACAACAACAACAACAACAAACUCCUCAACACAUACCACCAAAUCAACCACUUCCACCUGUUCCUCAAAAGGAAAAACAAAAAGAACCUAUUCAAUCAUUUGGAGAUAUGAUUAGAAAAUUGGUUUCUUAA